AUGAGCGAAUUAUUGUUAUCGUCAUCAUCACCAGCAACAACAACAACAACAACACAACCAUUGUUGAUGGGUCGGAAAUGGAAACAUCUUGAUGAUCAACAACAAAUCCAUGAUGAUGAUCAUUCGGUAUGCUCAGAUUCUUCCUCUUUCAAAUUAGUUUCCUACAAUAUUCUUGCUCAACUCUAUGCAAAACAUUUACAAGUCUCGGAUCCUAAUAUUUGUGAUUGGGAGCUUCGUAAACAGAGGCUCUUUAAAGAAUUGAUGAAUUAUAAGACUGAUAUUAUUUGUCUUCAAGAGAUGGAUCUGUAUGAACAAUAUUGGAAAUCGACCAUGAUGAAAGGCUUUGCAGGAGGUUUUGAUUCAAGUUAUGCAGAAAAAACAGGAAAGAGAAAUGGCUGUGGAACAUUUUGGAGAAGAGAUCGAUUUGAGAUGGUCCAACAUUUGGAAUUGCAUUUGGAAGAAUUGAAUGAUUAUUUGGAGCAUUCUCAUCAUGCCACGAAUACCUCAAUUGCUGAAGAACCAUUUGAGAGAAGAGAUGUUGCUAAUUUGACUUUAUUGAGAGAUUUACAGAGUGGUGGAGAACGAGGAAAAUUAUUAUUGAUUGUGAAUAAUCAUUUGGCAUGGGAUCCAAAAUAUCCAGAAGUGAAAUUGUGUCAAAUGUUUUAUAUUUUGAAAGCAGUUCAUCAAUUUUUGAACAAGUUUGCUAAACAAUGUGAUCGAGACUCUGAACACACAGAGGUUAUCGUUUCUGUGAUAUUAUGUGGAGAUUAUAAUUCUCUUCCGGAUAGUGAGGUCUAUGAUUUGAUUACUAAGGGAAGAGCUCUUGUACCAGGAAAGGAAAUCAAAUUUAACAAACAUUGUGAGCUAUUUCGAAAUGGAGUUGAAUAUGUGAAAUCUACGUCAAGUUCACAUCAUUUUCACUCGUCCAAGCAAUAUCUGAUCAACCCUUUCCCACCAGCCAAAAGUGCAUAUUUUGAAAUUUAUGAAAAGGAACCAGAAUUUACAAAUUACACCAGUACAUUUCAUGGAACUUUGGAUUAUGUGUUCACGUUUGAUUUUGAUUUGAAGAGCGAUCAUGAUGAAACCAACAAGACACGUCCAUGUCAUGAAAAUAUUAAUACAGACACUAAGGAAUUGAAUCAAAAGCCUCCUUCACAACAGCUUGAAAUUGUCGAUGCAUUAGAAGAAAUUUCAUUCGAACAAGCGCAAGAAUUUUCAUUUUUGCCUUCCUUGAUAUAUCCAUCGGACCACAUUGCUCAUUGUGUGAAAUUCACAUGGCAUGCUCAACAAUAA